AUGGAGAAGUGCAGCGAGGACAAAUUUACGUUUACUUGGAUUCUAGAAAACUUCAGCAUGUGCCAUCAUCCAAAGAGACCAUUUUUUUGUAGUCCUGAGUUUACUCUGAGUUCUUUACCGGGUAUGAAAUGGUUUAUACGAGUAUGUACGCAAAGUAAUGGCAACGAAGGCGUUUUUCUUGGCAGAACUGAUGUUGUUUCAGAAAACUGUCAAAUAGAAUACUGUAUUGAAGUGUUGGAUUGCAAUGAAAAGGUGAUUGGUACUGUGACUAAUGCUACUAAGACAUUUGCUGCCAAAUGCGGUUGGAAUCAUGAUUUGCAUACGAACUGCUUAGUUGAAAACUCGAAAAGCGACAUUCUGGCUUUAAAGUGCACUUUGAAACCAGUACGUGAAACAAACGAACUAGAUAUACUACCACCACUUCCUUACAAAAAUGACUUCUACGCGGACGUCGUGCUGCGUGCUGGUGGUGCAGCUUUCAGAGUGCAUAAAGCAAUUCUGUGGGCCAGGUGGCCCGAACUGGCAAAAGAGCUUGAUGAAACAGUGACUUGUGAGAAAGUUUUGUCUGUCAGCCCGAAUGUACUAGAGGCCAUCAUCAAAUAUAUUUAUACUGGAAGAAUGGAUUUCAAUGGAUAUGAAUUCUAUAACCAAUUAACUGCAGCAGCCGAAAGAUACAAACUUCGGAAUAUAAAUACUGAUCUACUUAUUGUGUCACAGAAAUACAGAAUUUGCUUUGAUUCCAAGAAAAUAUCAUUUGAGUGGCCAAUACCGAAUUUUACUCACCUGGCUGUUAACACGACGUUAAACUACGUAUUUACAGUGCAGACGUUUAAUUAUUGCAAAUGGGUUCUAAGAUUUCACGUCAGUGAGAAAGUAGGCAACGUUAAAAUCUUUCAUAUUUCUCUUUGCAGGGUACAUGAUGAUCAAUACAGGCCUAUUUUGGUUAGAAGCAAGAUAUCCUCGGAACACAGUGGCUGUUCUCUAAAUAAACAUUUGUUCGAAGGAAAGGAAAAUUGGAAGUGUGCGGCCUUUUCAAGAAGUAUUUCUGAAGAUACAGAAGAUGUUUUGCUACUUGAAUGCCAGUUUAAAUUCUCGGAUUGCAAAGCGUUGACUAAGUGUGUGGAUUCUUCUUUUGCCGCUGCGCCAUCUACCGGCCUCCGAUACUUAAACAGUAACCUGCGAAAUCUUUACGAAACUGGAGAGUUUUCAGACGUUAAUAUAGAUGUUGGUUCGAGGAUAUUUUUUGCCCACAAAUUUAUCCUCUCAUCGCGAUCUUCCGUGUUUGCUAAAAUGUUCGAGACGGAAAUGAUAGAGUCGAAGAAUAGCGUCGUCGAAAUUUCUGACGUGGAUCCUAACAUAAUAGCUGAGAUGCUUCUGUUUAUGUAUUCUGGAAGUUUAGAUGAACCGUUGGAAAAAACAGCUACGCAGUUGUACUCAGCAGCUGACAAAUACGAUGUCCCGACUCUCAUGAGCAAGUGUUCGUCCUUCCUGAAGUCCAAUUUUUCCGUCAAAAAUGUGCUGUCAGUUCUCCAAUUGGCAGAUAUGCAUUCUGACGAUGAUUUAUACAAUUCUGCAUUAGAAUUUCUUUCUGCCCAUCUAUUAGAAAUUUUCUCAACUAGUGAAUGGAAAGAAAUGUUCAAAGGGAACUUCGCAGCAAAACUUUUUGAAGACGUGAUAGUUCAUAACAAUCCUACAAAGUAA